AAACGAAUAGCAUUUAGAAACAUGCUCUAAAAAUACCCGAGUCCACUGAUUCACUUGUACUGUACCGAAUAUAUCAUCACUCCACCGGCGGUGGCAUCGCCCAAUCCAUUCACGGCUUAGUGCGUUUUCCGAUGAGGGAGAUGUGUCAGACAUGCGAUGUGCUGUGAUCAAUACUCUUUCAAUCAAUCAUGGUAUGGAUAUAUUGUGGUGUCAAAAUGGAUACCCGCCGGGGCCCACCGGUGCCUUGGCCAAUACCAAGGUACCAAAUGAACACCCCGUUAAACACACAGUGUACCACAAGUAUUAUUCAUACUCUUUUACUUUCUAAUUUCUAACACACAAGGAACGCCGUCUGCACACGUCUAAGACAAUAAGCCCCAUUUUGUAAAUUUUGGGAUAUAAAUGAAGGAAAAUGUUAUCUUCUAAAUUAUAUGUAAAGAAUUAAAGCAAUCUGAGAAAAAUUAAUUGUCUUUUCCAAUAACACUGCAUAAUGGAGUUUGCGCCGCUCCAACCUGUUGAUAGGAUAAGCAACCUUCCUGAAAAUGUAAUAGCUGACAUUCUAAUGUGUUUGCCUACACGUGAUGCUGCAAGUACAAGUAUCUUAUCAAAACAAUGGAGGUAUAAAUGGGUCAAACUACCUCAUCUCAUAUUUGAUGUUACCGUGUGGCAAGAACUCGAGGUAGAUGAGAGAACUAUGAGGUUCUUUCUGUUCCUUUACGAGGUUCUUUUACGUCACCAAGGACCCAUAACAAAGUUUAGUCUCGUUAUUCCAAGGCUUAAAAGCUGUUCACAUAUUGACCACGUGAUCAAUUUCUUAUCAAAUUAUGGUGUUGAAGAAUUCAUCUUUGAAAUCUAUAAGGGAUAUAGAAUUCCGUCUUCACUGUUUAUGUAUUUACAGCUGAAACGUUUGACACUUUCUGCUUGUUUGAUCAAUCCUCCUCCAGCCUUUAAAGGAUUUAAUAGACUGGUUAGGAUGGAAUUGUGUGAUGUCAUCAUUGAUGCUGAAGUACUACAAAGUUUGAUAUCUAGCUGCCUGUUACUGGAGCAACUGUUGCUGGAUUUCCGAAAUGAAUUUGAUUUCUUGGAAAUUGAUGCUCCUAUGCUAAGACUCUUUCAUCUUCGACGUUUCUUUUGUUCGUCUAUUUGUAUAAAGAGAUCCCAACAUCUUGCAACAGUUAGAGUUACUUCUCGCCAGCAUAUAAUGGCUGACGAAUUCAAUUAUGGAAACUGUAACUUCGUUGGGUUCUUUGAUUCUCUUCCUGCCCUUCAUAAACUGUGCAUGGACUUCCAUUUUAUGCUGGCUUUAUCUGCAGGUCAGGUCCAAAAGGUGCUUCCAACUACUUUAAUCAACCUUAAAAUUCUGAAGCUACUCCGUAUAUCUCUAUAUUCAGAGGACGAAUUCUCGUGUGUUCUUUGCUUGAUCAGAAGCUCCCCCAACCUUGAGAAAAUGACGAUCAACGCGAUUUCAGGUUGGGAAAAUACUGUUGCAAGCCCUGUUCCAGACUUUCUAAAAGUGCAAGAGUACUCAGAUGUACUUUUAAAUCAACUCCAAGAAGUGAAGCUAGAAUCCAUUUCUGUCGGAGUUUCUGAGAUGACACUCAUUAAGCUUUUAUUGGACAAAUCGCUGAAGCUAAAGAGAAUGGUGAUCCGGCAGGAGAGCGGUUGGUACAGGCCUAGCAUUGAAAGAGUUAAUGUGAUUUUGAAAGAGAUAAACAAAUUUCGGCGUGCAUCGCCAAGUGCUAAGGUCAUUUAUGAAAAUUAAGAUGAAAAUAAACUUUGAUAGCUGGAUGAAUAUAUCUCAGAGAUCAGGAGUACUUUACUUUCGGUUUUGCAACAUGGCUUUCUGAAAUUAGAAAUGUUUUUGCUGGAUGAUGGAAGGCAGUGUUGGCUAAAUAUGAGAUUUCAAGCCAUAUCAAGAAAACACUUCCUAGAUUACAGUUUUGUGCGCAAAUAGAUCUACUUAAAUGCAAGUGAACUUAUGAUCUUAUUUUCAUGAUUUUCUUCAUAUAUAUGAAGUUUUCACUGUAAUAAUAGUUUAGGAUAAGAUUUGGGUUUAAUGAUGUAAUAUUUUGAAAUUAUACAUGUAGGGUAUGAAAGUUUAUCCUCGUAAAAUAUAAGUCAUAUAUUUUUCGGCUGUGAAAA